AUGUCUGAAAGUAGUAACAGUAAUCCUGAUAAUAGUAACUCCAAUGCUUCACGGACAAAUGCAUCAACUGUUCCUGCAGGCCAUCAAGGUGGACCUCCUAUUACAUUACAACCAAACCAAGUCAUAGAAUUAUCUAAUAAGUUUAAAGCUUUGGUCAAUGAAGCAAAACAAUUAGGCGGUGAUAAUUCUCAAAGAGGUAAAGAAUUGUUAAUACAAGCAUCCAAGAUAAAGGCAAUCUAUGAUACAUAUAAUAGACAAAGACAAGCAGCUGCUGCAGCCGCAGCCGCUCAGGCACGAGUACAAGCACAAGUUCAAGUACAAAGUUCUGAUGUAAAUAAAGAACUUCCAACUUCAACCGCAAAUAAUAACAAUAUUGGAGCAACUCCCUCUGCUAAUACUCCAACACCAAAUAGUAUCCCAAUAUCAAACUCAAAUACUCCUUCCAGUUUAAAUGCAAAUAAUGGUAAUAGACUGAGUUCAAACCAACUAGCCUCUAUCAUGAAACAAGUAUUGACCCCAGAACAAAAUCAAGAAUAUGACAAAUUAGUUAGUACUUUCCAAACAAGAGCUGCAGCAAUUAAGGAAAAGCAUUCAUUUGUGAAACAAAAUAUUGAAAGAUUAUCUCAAGAAUUAAAUAAACCAAAUUUGGACCCAAAUUUAAAGACUCAACUAGAAAAUAAGAAAACUGAAUUAUUCAACACAAUAAGAGCUAUAACUGUCGAACAUAAUACUUUACACCAACAAUUUCAAACUGGCCAAAAAACAUUUUACGUUGAAUGUGCUAAAAAUAAUCCAGCUCUACAAAAUUGCUACAAAAAGUUCCCAACAACAACGUCUUGCCAGGCAACAACAACAACAACAACAACAACAACAACAGCAGCAGCAGCAGCAGCAGCAACAACAACAGCAACAACAACAAGCAACAACAACAACAACUACAUCAACAGCAACAGCAACAGCAACAACAACAACAACAACAACUACAGCAGCAACAAGUCCAAGCAAAUAAUCGUCCAAUCGCAUCGAACAGUGUUCCACCAACCGUCACCCCAACAAGCUGGAUCACCCAAUCUACCGAUAAAGAAUAACACAACUAAUACAACAUCUAAUAAUGUAACGCCAGUGAUGAACACAACGAAACAACAUCCAUCUCUGCAAAACAAAAGUAACGAACCUGUUACAAGUGAACCACCAACAACCACCACAACCACCACCACGACACCAAAUAAUGCUAACCUAACUAAAUCUCAGUCGGUAACAAAUGUAAACGCAGCGGCAUCUGCCUCGUCGGUUCAUCCAUCAAAUAAAUCAAUAAUGUUUAAACCAGCUGAACCGAUAGUUAACAUAUCCGAUACUAUCUCCACAAAACAACCAAUAUCAGUUCCCUAUAGAUCAAAUAGACCAUCAUUAACUGGUGGAUCUGCAAUGAAUGCUUCCGCUUUAACAACUCCUGUUGCCACUAAAUUACCACCUUAUGAAAUAGAUACUGAGAGAGUAAUGUCUAAAAGGAAAUUAAGAGAAUUAGUCAAAUCCAUCGGUGUAGAUGAAGGUGAUGGUGAAACAGUAAUCGAUGGUGAUGUGGAAGAAUUAUUAUUAGACCUAGCGGAUGAUUUCGUUACAAAUGUUACCUCUUUCGCAUGUAGAUUGGCUAAACAUAGAAAUUCUGAUAGUUUAGAACCAAGAGAUAUUCAAUUACAUUUAGAGAAAAAUUGGAAUAUUAGAAUUCCUGGGUAUUCCGCGGAUGAAAUUAGAAGUAUUAGAAAAUGGCAUCCUAUUCAAAAUUAUAAUCAAAAAUUACAACAUAUUAAUAAUGAUAAAGCGAAUAGUAGUGCUGCUGCUGCUGCUGCUGCUGCUGCAAGUACAAAUGCUAAUACUACUAACAUACCAGCAUCUAAGAAGCAAAAAUUAAACAAGUGA